UACCGCCAUUCUGCCGUGGAAAGAUGCAAGAUGUAGCCAGCUUCCCCGUAAGAAAAGAUGAUGUUUGGAUUGUGAGCUACCCGCGUGCAGAUUCUUUUGUGAUUGGGCUUAAAUCCUGUGGUCUUGUGCCUGCUGUUUAUUUGUAACUUGUGUCCGGCGAACUCCUUACGGUGUACCUGUCUUGUUGAGUAUCAUGCAUGCCUGGAGUUGUAUAUGGUGGUAACAAUUUGAUUUUCUGUUAUUUUUCACUCAUCAGUGCUAAUCAUGUUUUGUACAUGUAUGUAUUGAAUUUAUUUUACAUAUAUAUAUUAGAUAUAGAGCAUAAUUGUUGUGUAAUCGUACCAUAAACAUGUAUCUCCUGCAUCAAAUCAUCAUAUUGGUUUGUUAAAGAAAACUUUGACAGUUUUUUAAAGGGGGCACUGCAAUAUUGCCAUUUCAGGGAGUUCAAACAUGUCAAAGGUACUUUAUUCUUUAUACAUUUAUCUUCGCAUUGUUACCAGAAUACUUUCUACCUUCGUUGUUGCUGUUCUCUCAGUGCCUGAAAAUACUUUUUUCACAUUAGCUAUCCAAAUGUGAAAAUUCUAGUUUUGUCGUGUUGGUUUAAAGGAUCUUCCAAAAAAAUUUGUAGAAAACCUAUCCCCUCCUUGCAUUCACUACUUAGGCACCAGCUCUUUUUCUGUUUAUCGUUGUACAUGUUCAGUGUGUUCAGUUUCUUGAGUAUCCUUGCCCCACCAGGGGUGUGGCUGCAGGACCUGAUCUACCUACUUCUGGAGGGAGGCAAUCUGGGCAAGACGAACCUCAGCCUGGAAACGGUAGAGGACUCCAUCCCUUUCCUGGAAGCUCCCAGCCCUGGACUGGAACUGCUGAAGAGCCUGCCCUCGCCCCGUUACAUCAAGUCCCACCUGCCCUAUGGUCUGCUGCCUGAGGGUGUUCGGAACAAGGAAUGCAAAGUGAUAUACAUCACUCGGAAUCCGAAGGAUGUAAUGUGUUCUUUCUAUGACUUUCAUCGCACCGUCCGUAUGGUGCACUACAAGGGGACGUUCCAUCAGUUCUUCUACCGCUUCAUCAACAACAAAUUGGGAUAUGGCUCCUACUUCAGACAUGUAUUGGAAUGGUGGGAACGGCGGAAGGACGACAACUUGCUCUUCCUGAAAUACGAAGAUAUCCGGAAGGAUCUGAAGUCCAGUGUGGAACAGUUGGCAAAUUUCUUAGAGCGACCACUAACCCCAGCAGCGCUGAAAGAGAUUUGUACCCAUUUUGAGGAGGAGGUUGCAUACAAUCGCAAAGAGGAUCGUGUCGGAUAUUGGAAGUAUUAUUUCACCGUCCACAUGAAUGAGAAAUUUGACAAGAUACUUCCGGACAGAUUAUCUGCUUCCACCGGGCUGGAUUUCCAGUAUACGCUUUGAGCUGAUUGGCCACACAUUAAAUGUAGCAGGUGUGUUCUGUGAGCUCAUUGGUUGAAGUGAUUUAUGCCAGUCACUCAUUGGCCAAUUUAGUAACAGGAGGUGCUUUGUGCAUUAAGGUGUUUGUGCAGGGUUGUAUAUGAAUGGAGUUUCAUCCAAUUAACAAGGUAGCUUUGCAUUAGCACCACAUACAAUUGUUUCAUUGUUGUUCAAAUAUGUAUUUUAUCGGUUUCCCUUGUCCUCAAAAGAGUAUGUUAUGUUUGUGAUCAAAAUCUGUUAAGCCGAUUGUUGCCAGAGCAAUUUUUUUGUCACAAGCCCCAAAACUUACCUUUCACAUCAGAAAACUAGCCAUAUGUACUGUCAGUUUAUCACAGAAGUGUCGAAUUGUGUAGUUUAUCCAAAACUGUACUGCUGAUUGUGGUGUGAUAUACGCGUGAAAAUCUCGGAUGGAAGAGUUUGCAACCCCCAUUCCUUAGAGAUUUUUGCGAGGAGCCCUCCUCUUAAAUCUACCACUGUGCAUGAACGCACCGGCGCACUCUCGGAACUUAAUUCUCAGGAGGCAUUGAGUGCCACUUGAAGUAAGAGUGACAGAACUCUGCCUUCUUCAGUCAUUCAGAAUCCUCACAAACCUUGUCAUAGAUGUUGAGGGAGGGUUGAUAUUGAGACCAUUCCACUGGAUUUGAUCAGAUUUUGACGUUCAAAUGUAGCUCUGAGGAGAAGAUCACUUGAUGUCCUUAAUUUGGGGCUCUGCAGCAGUGUGGCGUAAAAUCUGUGUAAUCUGCCGCACUGUUAGACUUUUGUGACAGAUUUCAUAAAGCAAGGUGCAGAAUGUAAAGGAACAUACUGUAGAGGUGUCAAAUUCAUUUGUCGGAAUUAGGGCUUGUUGGAAUUACAUUGGUGCACCUACAAGACAUGCACACAGCCGCAGUUCCCAUAGUGGUGUUUAAUAUUGGCAUCCUUACCCAAGUGGUUUACAUAUAGAGGCAGCCUUACUUUUACUGUAGGGUUUAAAAUGUUAAGGCGUUGUCAUUAAUGUUAAAUCUGUCCUGUUUGUGUAUUUACAUAUUAACUUAUACAUGUACAUGUAGUCUGUCCCUUGAUGAAAUUGUUGUAUACGUGUAUGUAUGUAGUCAGGACACUAGAUAGUCAUGGUUUUUCCCUCUUGAUCAUUGUCUUGAAAAAACUGUGUAAAGAGAGAUUGCUCAUGUUUCAUUUGUUAGCUAUCCUGGAUGCAGCCACUUACGAAGAAAUUAGUCAUUGUUUCCAUAAAAUGCAAGAACGAUUCAAACUGUCUGACUGUAAGGUGCUGUUGUUCGUGCACAUCCAGGUUUUUGUGAGCAUCUGGAAAAAGUUACCCCCACAAAAAGUUAUCCCAGAUCAUGUAUGUUUCUUGUAAAUGUACAUCCUUGUCUCAUCAGCUAUGAUCAGUAUCAAUAACUUCUUGUGCAUUUCAUGAAGUGCUUUAACAAAAUAGCAAUCACAGGUGCAAAAUGGCUUCAACUUGGUAUCCUGUUUGUUCUUGUGAAGAAACUUGUGUUCACCCAUGAAGUGUCAUUGCACCAGGUGCCUCCAUUUACCUUGCAUUCACUCUGACAUGGCUACAUAUUGCACCAUAGUGAAUUUACCUUCAAGUUACUGUGACUUUAACAAGGAGUCUCACAGUCAGUGCUUGAGCUUGCGGAGGCUGCCGGUAAAAAUAUACUGUCUAGUACCUGUACUCCUGAGACCACUGUUCUGUAAAAAUACUUCCAUAAAAAUAAUGUACAUGUGUUAAUUUAUGGCUCGCUGUAAAUGAUAAGUUUGUUUUUCAUUUUAAAGUGGGGAUAAAUGUUGAACCUAUAUUUACCAACUGUUUACAUAUCAUACAUGUACAUGUAUCAUUCUUCACAGCUGUUUUUUGCAGUACUGCUUUUCAAAAUUUGACAGAAAAACAAUUCUUAAAAACAAAAUUUACAUUUCUAAUCGUGAUUCAUUGAAGUGUUGCAGAUAAAUGGUAAUUUUUCCUCAAAGAUAAGGUUGUUGAGCUGCAGACUUCAGUUCUUUUUCCAUCUUUUCACAGACCCUGUCACAAAGCACUGUGUUAUGAUUUCACCAAUAGUUAUUUUUCUUGUCUCACUUUCUGCAAUUGAACUUUAAUCUUUAGUAUUUUGAAUGAAAAAAUUUGGUUUUUGGCCACGGAACUGGGAACACUUUGUCUUAUUCUCUAUCCAUUACCUGAAACUUACCAAUGUGCAAUGUCUUUUUGUUUGUUUUUUUGUUCUUUAAUGUGAUACACUUAUUUUUACUGUUGUUUUUAUUCAAUUGUGCUGCUUGUUCGAGAUUGUAGAGAUUUGUCAUUGUGCUGAAAUUGUUUUAUUGAUUAAAUUUAAUAUACUUAAGUGAGCAAUUAUAUUCCAAUUAAUUUAUUAUAAAUAUACUAGUAAUACAAAAAAAUUGUAAUUAUUUUAUUUAUAUUACUAUUUUAAACCAAACAGUAACCUUGUUGCUUUCAUGAUUGUUUAAAGUCACAUUUGUUAACAUUGAUAUUUUUUAUAAAUAGAUUCAUAUAAGCUUUUCCCUAUUUUGAAUGGUUUAAUUUUUAGUACUUAAAGGAACCAGGAAAUGGAAAUAUUUUAUAAGUGUUUCUAAAAACCCUUGAAAUUGAAUGUUUAGGUU